UACUAUUUUUUCAAUAAUAAUAAUAAUAAAAACGAUUCAACGAUAUAAAUUUCAUUUUCCUUUUCGUCUUAUUAACCCUAAACGCAGCAAACCUCUCUCUCAGCUCCAUCUCUAUCGAUCCAACACAGCAGCCGGAGCCGGAGCCACCACCACCAUUCGCACUCCUUCCAAUUCCAGCCGGAGGCGAAGUCGCCGCCACCACCUGCUUCCACCAUUCCUCAGUCUUAGGAAAAAAAAAACUUAAGGUCUAGGAAGCAGGAAAAGAGAAGAGUAAGACAACUAUUGGUGCUAUUGAAGAUUCAAAAAAUAUUGAAGGAUUCACGAGAAAUGAUUUGGGGAGUUCUCCGACGUAGAGUUGCUUCGUCUCAGGUGCUGGGACAAGCCUGGAAAGCAAAGCAUACGGUUUCUGGGUCAAGCUGUUACCAUACUGUGCGUAAAGAGUCCUCAUUCAUUUGCAAAGAGAUUGCCUUUGUCCAGAGCUCUAGCUACCACACAUUUUUAGGAGGUCAUGCCUAUCCAAAACUCAGCAUAGAAGUUAAUGCUAUAUCUCCAACUGGAUCUGUUAUAAGAUUGAGUAAUAGAUCAUUUUCUUCAGAUGAUGGGGAUGUGGUUGAAGCUACUGUUCCUUUCAUGGGUGAAUCUAUUACUGAUGGGACUUUGGCAAAUUUCUUAAAGAAACCCGGAGACAGAGUUGAAGCUGAUGAGCCCAUUGCUCAAAUUGAAACUGAUAAGGUGACGAUCGAUGUUGUUAGUCCUGUAGCUGGAGUUAUAACUAAGCUUUUGGCCAACGAAGGUGAUACUGUAGAACCAGGCAUCAAGGUUGCUGCCAUAUCGAAAUCAGGUGAAGGUGCACCAAUAGCUUCUUCGUCGGAAAAGGCUGUUAGUCAGACGCCACCACCUUCCAAAGAGGCCCCCAAGACAGAGACCACCCCUAUCAAGGAGGCAAAGAAAGAAUCAUCUCCCCCACCACCUAAAUCUAAGGGACUUCCGCCACCACCAAAACCCACAGAACCUCAGCUGCCUCCAAAGGACAGGGAAAGACGGGUUCCCAUGACAAGACUCAGGAAGCGAGUUGCAACACGCUUGAAGGAUUCCCAGAAUACAUUUGCUUUGUUGACCACAUUUAACGAGGUUGAUAUGACUAACUUGAUGGGUCUCCGUUCAGAAUAUAAGGAUGCUUUCUUUGAAAAACAUGGAGUGAAAUUGGGCCUGAUGUCUGGCUUUGUGAAAGCUGCCAUAAGUGCGCUUCAAUAUCAGCCAGUUGUGAAUGCUGUCAUUGAUGGGGAUGACAUUAUAUAUAGAGAUUACGUUGAUAUUAGCAUUGCAGUGGGCACACCAAAGGGUCUUGUAGUCCCGGUUCUCCGCAAUGCUGAAAGAAUGAACUUUGCCGAAAUAGAAAAGGAAAUUAACACUCUUGCUAAGAAGGCAACUGCCGGUUCUAUAUCAAUUGAUGAGAUGGCUGGUGGCACAUUUACAAUUUCUAAUGGUGGUGUUUAUGGAAGUCUUUUGAGUACACCCAUUAUCAACCCUCCACAGUCUGCUAUAUUGGGAAUGCACUCAAUUGUGAGCCGCCCUAUGGUCGUUGGAGGCAAUGUUGUUCCAAGGCCAAUGAUGUAUAUUGCACUAACAUAUGAUCAUCGGCUAAUUGAUGGAAGAGAGGCCGUCUUCUUCUUGCGCCGCAUCAAAGAUGUCGUUGAAGACCCUCGCAGACUUCUCCUCGAUGUAUGAAGAAGAAAUAUUUGGUAAAUUACAUUUUACAAGAUACGUGCAGUGCUCUCUGCAUAAACUAGAAAUAAUGAGUUUCAAAUUUUUGUUUGAGAUAUAUUUUAUUUGCUCCUUCCAUGUCAAAGGAUGUUGUCAAAUCCAACGGCUGAAAUUGUUUGCAAGAGUUGAUAUGAAUUAUUUGUUUAUUUUAGUUGCCACCAUAUGCUAAUUGAAAGUGGUUACUUUGCCCAA